CAGACUGGUGAAACGUAACAUGCAAUGUGUCAUGCAAUGAAAGAAUUCACCGUACACAUUGCUGCAAUGUAUCAUGAAAGGUAACACACUUUGUAACAAUUUCUCAUAGUUUGGACGUCUUGUGCGCGCGAAAUGUGCAUUUCACGCGCACGCUACGAGCAUUACAAGCCGCGCGCGGAGCGAUCCGUGAUUUGUCGGUUUUUCGAACGAACACAAAGGGGCGCGCAGUGUGCGCGGAGCAGCCAACGUGGACGGUCGUUUUGAAAUCAACACGUGCACGCAACGAACAUGGAGGACGACACUGCGUGGAGUGAGGAAAAAGCAUUUUGCUUGAUAGAUGCGUACAGAGUUCGUGAAAUUUUGUGGAACCCACAAAAUGAAAACUAUUUUAAGAAAAAUCUUAAGCAAGAUGCGUGGUCGGAAAUCGCAAAGUUGAUGUCAAUGACUGUAGAAAAAUGCAACAACAAAAUUGUUAGUCUUCUCUCUUCAUACCGCCGCGAAAAGCUGAAGGAAAAAAAAUCAAAGGGGACAGGAAAAGGUGCCUCGGAAACAUACAUAAGUCGAUGGUUUGCCUAUGAUGCUUUGAAGUUCUUAGACGACAGGAACACACCGAGAAAGAGAAAAAAUACGGAGUCACUUCAUCGCUCGGACUUGGAAAACACUGCCGACCAAAAUGUGUUCACCCCUCCAGUACUACCAAAUGAAUGUAGUCCAAAGAGCGCUAAACAAACCAGGAGGGAUGACAAUGUACUCUCAGAUGUGAUGGGAAUACUGAAAACAACAGCCAACAAAUUGGACAAUUCGAUAGGUAGCAAGCACACAGUUGUUCCGAAGAUGGGCAACGUUGGAGAGCGAGUGUCGUACUGUGGCGGCCGACCCAUAUUUAUAUCGGCCCCGGUACCCAGCUUCUAG